AUGCGUCCAGAAAAGAUGGCGCUGUGGAAUGAGUUUCUACCAGAUCAGUUAGUGGAAGAACCAACCACAGAAAGCCCUGAGCCGACCACAACUGAGGCAAUACCUGAUGAUAAGAAUGGUGAGUAUUUCUUCGUAUUAAAAAUGUCAAACUAGCAAGGAUCCUCGCUAACUUUGGAUUCUUAAAAUGUCAUGAUAUACAUGUAGAGCGGAUAGAAUCAGGUUAGUUUUUAUAUGCACGUGAAAACGGGAAAAACCAAUACAUUUUAAGAAAAGAGGUAUUUAAUAAGAUAGGCAUGACCACGUAUAUUCUGUACACUGUUACAUCUUUUGACAGCUGUUACAGCGAAACGUUUACCAUAAUACCGUUCUCAAGCAUUGACUUGCGAGUCAUAUUCGAAGACGCAAGUGUCAAACCACUUGUGGGCAUAAUAAUCAAUACACGAGAAAACUGUGACAAUCAAUGACUGAGGUUAUAAUUUUCAACUUCCCUCAGUUUCACUCUGAAUGGUGGCGUCACGGGGCGGUGCUCUUUAGGCCUUUUCGCUCAAACUUAAAACGUGCCUUUCACGAUCAUAAUGUUUGUAACUACUUUUUUUAAUAUCACUUUCUAGAAUUUUGUAUAUUUAAUCUUUACUGAAUUUUUGUUCAAUUUUUUUUGUUCAAUUUUUGGUUGAGGGGAACGCGUAUGUUAUCUGUGUACAUCAGGUGAAAACCUGAUUAAAAAAGUAUCUAUCUAUAUAUAUUAGGCCAUACUAGAUACCUCUUUUGCCCGCACGAAAACCAGACCAGAUAGGGUUUCUGUUGACACAUAAGAGCGGUCAUUUCGUCGCAAUUUCUGUAUCGGAGCAAAGCUGCGCCGCGCCGAAAGAAACUGAAUGAAUUCAAUGAUUUUGCUCCUUUUUGCUAAUUUCUAGUAUUUUGGAGUAAUUGUCAUAGGAGGCGUCUAAUAAAAUGUUAACAGCACAGAGAGGGCGUUUAUUAGGUCAUUUACGGUUCGUAGUUGACUGUCUUUUCUCCAAUUUAGAUACACUGGUGAUGAUACUCGCCAUCUUAACGGGAGUAUUCGGUGCUGUAGGUGUAACCUUACUUAUUGUUCUUAUCGUCAUAUGCCGCAAAGUACCAAGACGUCGGCAAAAGGAGCUGAAACUUUAA